AUGACUACGCACGCAAGCGUUCCAGCAAGCCUCGACAGUGUAGUAUCGAGUAAUCUGGAUAGUCGGUCGGUAGUGAACGGCUCUACUACUCUUGGAAAUGCAGUACGCGGCACGAACACAAGGUUCCUUGGGGUCGACAAGGAGGCAGUCCUCAAGCAUUACACAGAUGACAGAGAGGAUGAUGAUGCCGUAGGCCUCGCUUACGCUCCCUCGGAUCGAACACUCUACCCUAUAACCCUAAAACUCAAACAAUUUGCUGUAUGGUUCCGCGAAAUAGAUACAGAGGAUGAGAAGAAGAUGGCAACAGACCGGCUAAGAAAGGAGAUGGAAACGCUCACCAUGAACGGCUUUCACCACCCAGUUCCUCAGCCUAUGAUUGAAGAGGUCAUGCGCAUAGCGGACGAUCCCAGCGCGACACCAUCCAACACGUGGUUCUCGUGGAAAGGUCCAGACGAAUACGAAAGGCGUACUGGCCCUCCGCCAGAGGGCGCCUCGGAAUUACCUGGAUCCGAGAUGGAAGGGGUGGAGUCCUCUGUACACGUGGCUGAGGUUUGUAAUAGCGAAGAGGUUACCAAGGCUCUGAAAGACGUACUGAACGAUCCGAAAGACGAUGAUUGCGCUGAAAGACUCGAGCAAGCUUUAAACGGACGGCUGCAGAAGCUUGAAGCGGACGGAAACAUCGGGAAAGAGGUCAAGCUGAACAUACCCUCAUUUAGAUCAAACUACAUGCUUGCGGUGAACGACGUGUGGAAGGUAAGGCGGUUCGGGGAGAGGCCAGAAGACCUCAAGAAUCUGGAACAGCGCUUUGAGCAAUUUCGAACCAACAAUCGUAGUCUUGGCUUUCCGGAUAAAUUCUUAUUGCCCCUGGCUGGUGCCGUUCAGCAAGCGGCCUCUGCGAAAGCGGAUCAGGACGUGACACCGUACGACUUUGAUGAUGUGCGAAGAGCAGCAGACCCGAGAGGUGACGGCUUACGCCAAGGCGAAGAUGGUUAUGAAGAAGCGCUGCGGCGUUUCGGACCCCAACCCGAAGAGACAGGAGGUCAGCGCUCAGAGGACUCUAACCGAGCAGAGGCAGCUACUUGGGACGGGAUGGCCUCGGACGGCCAGGCGACUGCCGAGAAGGUGUCAUCCCAGCAACCAGCAACAGGGCGACCCCAACCCGAAGAGACAGGGGAGCGACCCCAGCAGGCGACUCCUGAGAAUAAAACGGUACAGCAGAAUCCAAUUUUUGGGGGCUACGUGACGUUGGACAGCGGCCCCGACUAUACUCCGUUGGGCGGGAAGAUCUGUGGAUGGCGGCAUUGGGGGAACGAAGGGUUCAGAGUGAUGGUUCAGAUCAGCCCGGAGGGCAACUUUCCUGUCGUAUGCCGACUACGACAAGCGACGAAAGCCCAAGUCGAGCAGUACCAAAAGACCCAAGGAGCCUUACAAAUUCCGUAUGCAGAUCAGGUGGAUCCGGCUAGUACACAGAUAUUGAAGCACGUCGAAGUCAAAAAGAUUCGAUUCUGCGCCAUUGCACCCACGGAUGAUCCGGGUAAGAAACCGAAGAACAACGCGACAGUGCUGGUGUUCAAGGCGCCCGAUGACGAAAAAUUGCAUGUAACUUGGGGUUCGAAAUGUCCGCAGAGAGUAAGAGACCUGUUCGCUACGAUGUAUAAACUCGGGAUGGGUCAGAUUGCACCAGCUGAUAACAAAAGCACGGAUGCUACAGUUCGGCUGGGGACCUCAUAUAAGACCACAGAGAACCAAAAAGAGGGUGCUCACAUGGCAACAAAAACGACGAACGCGGGCCCCGAAACGAGAACACAUAACGGCAACAUUCAGGCCUCCGUGAAGAGUGAAUACAAGCAAACCCCGGUUCCAGCGAAGAGUGAAGACAUUUCAGCGACGACUGAAGAAAAGCAAGCCCCGGCUUUAGCGGAGAGUCAAGCAAAGCAAGACCCGCAGAUUACUGAGUUGAAGGCCGAAAUGACCGAACUAAAACGACUUAUGCAGGCGCUCUUGAAACGACAAAACGACAGCCACGCCUCUUGA